AUGGACAUCCGAGUCCUCACAAACGCGGACCUCCCGCUAAUCCAGCACGCCAACCUGGAGAACCUCCCGGAAAAUUACUUUCUAAAGUACUACCUGUACCACUCGCUGUCGUGGCCUCAGCUAUCGUUCGUGGCGGUCGACGUGUCCCGUCCUGCCCGGGGGCCAUACGACUACCCCAAGAUUGUGGGCUAUGUCCUGGCCAAGAUGGAGGAGGAACCCUCGGACGGCGUGCCGCACGGGCACAUUACCAGUCUCAGCGUCAUGCGUACUCAUCGAAGAUUGGGGAUCGCUGAGAAGUUGAUGAGGCAGAGCCAAACAUACCAGGCCAAAUACGUCUCACUACACGUGCGCGUGUCCAACGCUGCGGCACGUCACCUGUACGAGACGACGCUGGGAUUCACAAACGAAAAGACAGAAGCGAAGUACUACGCCGACGGGGAGGACGCCUUCUGCAUGCGCCUCGACCUGGAUGCGAUCCGGAAGCAGGUCGAUGCCGCCGCCGCCGCCGACGGAGACGGAGACGAGGCCGCCGAGACGGACGAAAAGGACGGCGGGAAGUCGUCGGACGCGCAGCCUGACGAAGGUGAGCCCGUCGGCGAGGUCGGUCGCGAUCCCAAUGCCGGAAAGGACGAUCAGGCUGGUAGACAGGUCAAGGUUGCUGUUGGGAGACAGUUGGGUGUUGGAGACUUGGUGGAAAAGGUGGAGAACAAGAGUUGA